AUGCGUGCCUCGGCCCUCUUCACCCUCCUCGCCAGCUCGGCCGGCCUCGUCGCCGCCGUCCCUCCUGCCGGUGCCGCCAAGGCUGCUGGUCUUCGUCUCAUCAAGACCUCCCCUGAGGACAAGGGCACCUGGGUGACCGAGGAGCAGAAGAUCACCCAGUACCGCAACAACCGCAUCGGCUUUGUCGACAUCACCGACAUCACCGACGCCUCGGUCCUCACUGCCCUCUCCAACCCUGACGGUGCUCCUGCCAAGUCCGACUUCUCGGCCCAGGCCAUCACCUAUCCCACCGCCGUCUCUCACCAGACCCAGGUCAACUCCCUUCUCUCCCAGGUGUCGACCACCAACCCCAAGUCGUGGCUGCAAACCCUCACCAACUUCUACAACCGGUACUACAAGUCCACCUACGGCACACAGGCCGGCACCUGGCUGUAUGACACCGUCGUCUCGGUUGCCUCGGCCAACUCGGCCAUCACCGUGACCAAGUUCACCCACUCGUGGAACCAGCCCUCCAUCAUCGCCAAGAUCCCCGGUACCAGCAGCAACCUGGUUAUCGUGAGCGCCCACUAUGACUCGACCGGCGGCUCGUCCACCGCACGUGGACCUGGCGCCGACGACAACGGCUCCGGCAUCGUCGUCGUCCUCGAGGCUCUCCGCGUUCUCGCCAACGCCAAGUUCGCUCCCAAGGACACGCUCGAGUUCCACUUCUACUCUGCCGAAGAGGGUGGUCUCCUUGGCUCUGCUGCCGUCUUCUCCAGCUACAAGUCCGCUGGUAAGAGCGUGUAUGCCGUCAUGAACCAGGACAUGGCUGGAUACUCGCCCAGCGGCAAGGUCUCCAUCUAUACCGACUAUGUCGACACCUCGUUGACUGCCUACACCCGCGUCAUUGCGACUGCUUAUACCGGCGCCACGACUAGCGAUAAGUGCGGUUAUGGAUGCUCGGAUCAUGCGUCGGCCAGGUCUAACGGUUUCCCUGCCGCCUAUGUCUGCGAUGAGCCCAUGGAUACCGCCACUCCUUACCUCCACUCUUCCAACGAUGCUUACUCCACCAUCAUGUGGGAUGCCGUCCUCCGCCAUGCCAAGUUCACGACUGCCUUCCUUGUUGAGGCUUCCUACCUGUGA